UUUGUUUUAUUUUGAAAGGAUAAAUGAAAAGUUACCCGUAUAUUAAUUACUGAGGUGUUUGAACACGUUAUAUUAAACAUGGCUGGUGUAUUUGACCUGGAUUUAGAUACAGAAGUUAUUUCUGACAACGAGUUGGACGAAAAUUAUGAAUUUAGUGAAGCAAAUGUUCACGAUGAGUUUAUGAUUGAGGACGACAUUGAAAAGAUUGACUUAAGUGAGGGUUUGGUUAAUAAAGGAUCGGAGAAAGUUGGCCCACAAUGUUUCCAACUACUUAAAGUGUUGGGGAAAGGUGGCUACGGUAAAGUAUUUCAAGUUCGAAAAACGACGAGCCCGGAUCUUGGCCGGAUCUUCGCAAUGAAAGUUUUAAAGAAAGCAUCAAUUGUUCGUAACCAAAAAGACACGGCGCACACAAAAGCUGAACGAAAUAUCUUAGAAGAUGUGAAACACCCGUUCAUUGUGGAUUUGAAAUAUGCUUUCCAAACAGGCGGGAAAUUAUAUUUAAUCCUGGAAUAUUUAAGUGGGGGGGAACUAUUCAUGCAUUUGGAGAGAGAGGGAAUUUUUAUGGAAGAUAUGGCUUGUUUCUAUCUCGCUGAAAUCACCAUGGCGUUGGGACACUUGCACAGCAAAGGAAUUAUUUACAGGGAUCUAAAACCUGAGAAUAUUCUUCUUGAUAUGACAGGUCAUAUUAAACUUACAGAUUUCGGUUUAUGCAAAGAAUCAAUCCAUGAGGGUGCAAUGACGCAUACUUUCUGUGGCACAAUUGAAUACAUGGCACCGGAAGUUCUUACAAGGUCUGGUCACAACAAAGCUGUGGAUUGGUGGAGUUUGGGUGCUCUCAUGUUUGACAUGCUGAAUGGAGCCCCACCAUUCACUGCAGAGAAUCGGAAAAAAACAAUCGAUAAAGUUUUACGCGGCAAGCUUACUCUCCCACCUUACCUUACUGUAGAUGCAAAGGAUAUUUUAAAGAAGUUGUUGAAACGCCACGCCCCCUCAAGGUUGGGGGCGUGUAUCAACGAUGACCUUGCAGUUCGUGCCCAUCCUUUCUUCAAACAUAUUAACUGGGAGGAUUUGUUGAGCAAAAAAGUGGAUCCCCCGUUCAAACCCCCGUUGCAUGGGGAAGAUGAUGUCAGUUUGUUUGACACAAAGUUUACGAAGCAAUCCCCGGUCGACAGCCCUGAUAACUGCCCGCUGUCGGAGAGCGCCAACCAAGUGUUCCAGGGUUUCACUUACGUUGCUCCAUCUGUGUUGGAGAGCAUCAGCGAACAUUUUGAAAUGCCACGAGUUCGGUCGCCGCGCAAGAACGUUAUGAGCCCAAUGAAAGUUGACAACCCAUGGCAGUCGGAGGGUUUGGUUUCGGACGUUGCUGCGAACCAGAUGGAUUGCACUCCCGUGGUUGUAACAACGGCUCAAGGGAAAACAAAUUUUGAUUCUUUUUCAACGAUUGUGACCUCACCAAGUGUUGAUGAAACAAACAAUUUCGGGAAAGUUAGUGCAAAAAAAUCGGUCGGAAUAAAUGAGAAGUCCCCCCCGAUUCCUGUUCGUGCAAAUAUUGGACCGGAUGAAAGCAAAGCUACAAAGAUAAAGAAACGGCUACAUUUAAAAUUUCAUUAAAAUAUAAAAUUAUCAUUCUGGUUAAUUUUAAGAAAUAUCAAGUUUUUAAACUUAUGUCUAUUCCUGUUCUAUUUAUUUUUGUUUUUCAGUCGAAUUUUAAUUUUUAUUUUAUCAUAGGCAAUUGUCACCCACGUUAUAAAUCUAGUUUUAGAAAAGUUUGCAAAAAUAAACUUUCUCGUAUCAUGUUUUUAAAAUCAGCUGUUUUGGAAAUCGUGAUCCGUGUAAAAGGGGCGUGCCAGUACUAAAGUAUAUCUCAUCUCAAUAACUUGUAAAACACAUUAUUGUAAGGUUCGCUACCGUAGCGAUUGUCAGUGGGUGAUUUGUGUUUCUUUUGCGACAACUUAUGAAAAUUGAAUUAAAUUUCAGAAUUCAAAAUAAAACAUUUGUCGAACUGCU